AUGUCCUUCCUGGAAGGUUCCUUCCUUUAUAAACUAGUCUGGAAAGAGAAAGAAUCAGGAGAAGUCCGUGAGCCUGCUGAGCCUCGUCCGCCGCCAGCAGCAGCGGCCACGGGGAAGUGGGAGCGCGUCGAGGCCUGGAGACCACCGGAGAAAGACGAGGGCCAGAACCCCCCGCGUCCCAGCGCUGGGCCCUCGCUCCUGCACCUCUCCAGCCCUCAACAGCUCCACAACACCCUGGCGCAGCUGCCACUACUUAGCGCCCUGCUGGCAGAGCUGUCGGUGGUUGCCAACAGUGCUGUGCCUGCUGCUGUCCACCCUCAUCUGGCCUGGCUCUACCAGGCCCCAGGGGGUGGUAGCACGGCUGCACGGCCCCCCAGCCACUCUGCCCUCAAGCCUGUGCAGGCACCUGUGGAGCCAGGUGGGAAGAGUGGAGCUGCCAGCCCUCAAUUCAAGAAGGGCUUACAAGAGGCCACCUCACCAGGACCUUCUUGGGCUGGGAAAGAACAUAAGAAAGCUGUAGCCCAGGAAGAGACAGAAUUUGAAAGGAACUGCAAAGCUAAAGAAAACAGACCACCCAGAAGGAAACUGUUGUACGGCCUAACAAAUACACUGAGGCUACGGCUGCAGAAGACCAACCCUGAUAAGCUGGUAAUUCAUGAAAGGAGAGAGCAAUACAGGAAAAAGCAAAUGGAGAUGCUGAAGAAGAGAAGCCCUUUAUCCAAAAGAAAGCUUCACAGAAACACUGGAGAACAGAAUGUGGUUUCUUACAGGCAUUGUAGCAAGAAAGACAAUUCAGAGCAGAAUGAUCAGUUUCAUAAAGCUACUGAGACUCCAUUACAAAACGGUGCUCUCAGAGAGUACAUUUCCAUGACAGAUGUGUCCUCUGACCUGCAGAAACAGGCUAUUGAAAGUCUAGCAAAGAGUGAUGAAAUUGUAAGCAAGGAAUGUCCAUACCAAGUAACUACAGACCCCUUUGUGGAUGAAUCUGUAUUAAAAUCUGCUCCCAAGGAAAAGUAUGGAAAACCCAUUCUCUCAGCAGCUUUCCCAUCAGAUGCUAAUGCAAAGGGAAGUAACGAGGUAGGAUUAAAAACCAUGGAGCAUGAUGAUGUGUCUGUUGUGAGCAAUCAUAAACCAAGCUCCAGCAGGAGUGUUGAAAACAGCUCUGAAUUCAUAUACUCGGACGACUUCAUUGCUAGUCCUGAGAACACAGUUUAUUCAGAUGAUUUUACCAGUGCUGAGUGUACAGGCAAAGAAUCAGAAGCUCUUGACAACAAUCCUGAACCUGUGUGGCUUGAAAGCCCAAGGCGAGGUUGGUCAGAUUCAGAGCCUGAAUCCACCAGGUCCAGAAUUUCAAAGAUAAGUCAAAGAGCUGAAAGUACUUCCAAUCUUCUGCCCAUUCCUUCAUCUUCAUCUCCAGUCCAGUCUUUAAAGAGAAACCACAACUUAAAAAACACUAAGAGAAUUAGUGGUGAAUCUGUUGAUUCACUUAACCUUGCUCAAAUGGAGGAAUCGUUAGCAGAUGAAGAGCAGGAAGCCCAACAGAUCAGUAAGGAAAAGAGCAGGGGUGAUCAGCACAUUGAACAAGUAUCAACACUAAGAAGCAAACAAGUUAUCUCUGAUACUGAUCUGAAUAUUGGAAAGGGGCAGACCUCUGCAGGAAAAAGCCAGUCAGUAACUCCAGUUAGCUCUUACUUGCCAUCUGAGGUGUCUGAUCUUGAACUUGGUGUCCUGGAAAACAGUAUGUCAGACAAAGAGGAUGAUUUUCUGGGAAAACUCCAUGUUCCUAAUCAAUACAAAGACAUCAGUGAACUUGUAAUAAGCAAGCUUCCAGGAUACACAAUGUAA